UGUGUGUAUAUGUGUUUACUUUUGUGUGUGCAUUUAAUUUUGUAUUGCACUGAGCGAACCUGUUCGGUCGAGCUUGUUGGGUGAAACAUGUUCCAUUGCCAAGCCAACAACAAUCUCGCUGCAUAGAUGUAAACUUUUGGUAUGUUUUGCAGUUUGGUUCUUGUUGUUUUUAACUUAUGACGCCUGAAUUGAAUGCGCGGCGGUUAGCGGAUAUAUUUUUUUUGUGUUUGGUGAUGCUGAAGAAGAAUAGGAGUGAAAUAAAUAAAUUAAAAUAAAGGAAAACCAGUAUUUGCGCGAAUUGUGAUUUAGCAGAGGCAGCAAUACUGCAAAUAGGCGAAAGAACGCGACAAAAUUUUGAAAUGGUUAUGUACCUACAGUUGUGCAUACAUACAUACGUGCUUAUAGUGAGUAAUAAAGCCAGGCACCAAACGAAUGGAUUUUGACAUAAAAAUUAUUUAACCAAAAGUAGUGCAAACUUCACAAGCCAAAGUCAAUUAGUAAAAAGAAUGAUCUAUGUAUAUACAUAUAUAUACACUGCAACAAAUUUUAUAUAACGCGUUUUUGUAGCCAAGAAAGGCCUGUAUGUAUAACUACCACCUACACAUUUUUUGUAUCCUAAUAAAUAAAGAUAAAAAACAACGAAAGUCACUGUUACGUCGAUUUGCACGGAAAUGUUAAAGUGCAUAGCUCUUUCCGACGUUGUACCCGAUUGUGUCAAGUGCAUAGGUUUGUGUCAAUUUGUUUACCACGAGCAGCAAAAACAAAAAAACACGAAAACAAAUAGGUACCUACCCGCAGUGUCAGUGAAUUUGGGGCUAGUGGUGCAGAACUCUGUUGCACAACAGUGUGAAAUGUUGCAAAAUCAAUAGAUUGCAAAACAAACCCCAUUCUUCCACCCUUGUGCUAUAUAUUGUACAUACAUACAUUUUGCGAAAGUCGCACCUAACCCAACCGACCCCGCCUCCAUAGUGCAUAUCUGUCAAGGGGCUUUGCGUGGCAGCCUUGUUAUGCUGCUACAAUUAUAAGUUAAGCUGUCGCACUUGUUAUAAUAAACGCAAAAAUCUAUUGUAAAACAACAACUAUAACUACUGAACUUAAAUAUGUCUACAACAACGCAGCCGAGUCCGAAUGGCACAGACACAUCGCGCCCACUUCACAUAUUCUUCCAACCCAACAGCAAUAGCAGCACCACGGCGAAGAAUGCCGCCGACCUCAGUAACGCCGCCAACGUGAUACUGUUCGAUGGCAACAACAGUGUUGCUGACGGCGCUUGUGCGCCAGAACAACCCGAAAAGGCAAGUCAGAUACUAAUUAUUAACUCGCAUCAACAGUUACACGAGCAACAGCAGGAUAUUCCAGCAACGGACAGUGGGCGCGCUUCGGUAAAUGAAUUCGACACAAAUUUGGAGGAAUCCGUGCCGGCGACUGUGUUAGAAAUCUCAGCCACAAACGGCGCGGACACCAGGGCUGUAGUAGCUACAGCAACGACCACAAAUUCGAAGGAUAUGGAAAUUCCAGCAACUAUAUUAUCAGUUGUUGCUGAAGGCAAUGCACCACAAGACCAAAGUAAAAAGCAUUGCAGUGCACCGAAUUUCUAUGCCAGUAGCGGUUCCCAAACCAAAUGGUAUUUACCGCCCGCCGAAAUUUGUACUGAUGCUUCAGGUUACGUUGUUACAUCGACGCAGCCAAGCGUUGCUGUCAACAAUAUUGUUAUCAUUUCUACCUCUAGCGUUGCGGAUGCAAGUAAAGUUUCGCCUCAGGUACACGCAGCAUCAGGGGAUGCAGCAAAUGCAAUUGUGGAAAUCGGUGGCGCUGGUGAUGAAACGUAAGUUGCAUGCAUUAUA